AUCGACAAAACUUAUUGAAGAUGAAAAAAAAUGUUGGAAGCACCAUAAAUUUGUAGAUUUUUGUCACGUAUUUUGAAGGUUCUGUACAUAGUUUUUCUGAUAAUUUGCAAAUAAUUGUUGUACAAAUGGAUGAUGAUGACUAUGAUGAAGAAAGUGUCAUAAUUGAAGAAGAUUAUUACACCUUAUUGAAUGUUUCGCGAACUGCUACUCCUGAAGAAAUUAGCAACGCCUAUCGCAGAUUGAGUCGUCUUUAUCAUCCUGACAAACACACGGAUGUCAGCAAAAAACAUGAUGCCGAAAUUCUAUUCAAUAAAACGAAAAAAGCACAUGAAAUCUUGAGCGACGAACACAAGCGAGCAAUCUACGACAGUCUGGGCGUGAAGGGGCUCGAAACGGAAGGCUGGGAAAUUGUGCAACGCAGCAAGACGCCGCAGGAGAUACGCGAGGAGUAUGAACGAUUGGCCAGGCGACGAGAUGAAAGGCGGCUCCAGCAGAGGACCAAUCCGAAAGGAGUUUUCACGGUCAGUGUGAACGCCACCGAACUGUUCAGCCAAUACGAAGAUGACUACAUUGACGCUUAUAGCCCGAUGGUGGUAUGGCCAAUCGAGGUGAAGGAUCUAUCAAUCUCGCAAUCGAUCGAAGCCCCUCUCACACUCAGAGACACGCUAACACUGCAUGGCAAUAUAUCCACUCUAAAUCAUUCAGGAUCAGGCUCGUUCACAGUGGGAGCCAAGCGUCUUCUGUCGGACACCAGCUGGAUUGAGUUGGACCUGAGCUGUGGCAAUGGACCGGCCAUUACAUUCAAGGCGUUCCGCUCGCUCACCAAGUCCAUAUUCGGCACAUUUGUGCCGCAUCUCCAGUUCACCAAUCAGGGUAUAUCGGCCGGCGCUGAGACCUCCCUGGCAAUGAAGGUGAGCGACCACACGAUGGGGUACGUGGUGUGGCGUGCGGGCGGCUCCAACUCGUCCAUGUCGACUUCAGUGGCUCGUGACACGGACCGCAGCCAUUUUGGGUUGACCCUACAGCUGGGCAUUCCGCACUCGUUCGCAUCGCUCAACUACACGCACAAGCUCAAGGAGAGGGAGAUGAAGCUAAAGACGUCGGCCAAGGCUGGAACAUUUGGAGCAUUGUUCGAGUACGGUGUAGAGAAGAAGGUGUCAGAACAAAGUACGAUAUCGGCCAUGGUCAGUGUGGGAGUACCCACUGGUGUCUCGCUCAAAUUAAAAUUGGUGCGUGCGAGCCAGACUUACUUCUUCCCGAUCCACGUGUGCGAGGAGAUAGUGCCUUCGCACGUUUUCUACGCGACGGUGACUCCGCUGUUUGUGUAUGUGAUGGUGAAGCGCCUGGUGGUCGACCCUAUGAUGGCAGAGCAACACAAGCGAGACAAGGAGCGACAGAGACAGGUCAACAAGAAACGAAUGGCAGAACGACGUCGCGAGGCGGAGGCCGCCGUGAAACUGAUGGCCGAAACGUUCUCGCGCAUUCGCAGCGACGAGGAGCAGAAGAGGGGGCUGGUGGUGGUGAAGGCCAUCUACGGCCGCAUUGUCAUUGGCCAGGAGGCGGGGCCUGGCGGCGAGGGGGCGGGGCCUAGUGGCGAGGGAGGGGCGGGGCCCAGUCGGGUGGGAGGGGCGGAGCACAGCGAAGAGAUCAUCGACGUGCGCAUACCGUUGCAGUGUCUCGUCAAGAACUCGAAACUUGUCUUGCAUGAUACUUCCAAGAGCCAGUUGCCAGGCUUCUUCGAUCCGUGUGUGGGCGAAGACAAGUCACUGUUUGUGCAAUAUCUGUUCCACAACCAUCUGCACGAAGUCACUGUCAGCGAUAAGGAUCCACUUAUGAUUCCCAAGCAUUCACACAGGAUACCUGCAACGUGACAGCCGGCGGCCAGCGUGAGAGGAAAGGAGACAAUAUUAGUCAUCUUGUGGCAGUUAGUUGCAUCGCUAUCCACUGCAACUGCAUGUGCAAUUGCAAUUCUAAAAGUGCAUCCUGUUCUGUUGCAUAGAUGAACGCAAUGCAACCAAGCUUUAUUCGAAAUUUGAGUGAUGAGAAAGUGCAUCGCAUGCAGUUGCAACGAUGCUCAUUUAUUCAGUUACAGUAGCAACGAUGCACUUUUAUGCACUUGCAUCAGACGCAGUUGCAACGAUGCAUAUUUAUGCAGUUGCAACGAUGCAUAUUUAUGCAGUUGCAACGAUGCAUAUUUAUGCAGUUGUAACUAUGCACUUUUAUGCAGUUGCAACGAUGCACAUUUAUGCAGUUGUAUCAGAUGCAGUUGAAUCGGAUGCACAUGCAGUUGCAGUUAAGCGGUGCUUUGCUCCUGUAGUCGAUGUGUAGAUCAGCUAAAAUUUAUCUUAUAGCACCAGUUACCCGUCUGAUACUGGCUGAAUCUAUUCUAUUUUGUUUGUAAAACUACUGUAUUCUUUGAGACCGUUGAAAAUAAAUUGUGAAAUCGUGA